GAAAGAGCAAUAGGAUUAAGUUAUGUUUUGAUUUGGUUAAUUUAUAGAAUACAUACAACAGAAGGAUUUGAAUGUUUACAUUUCUCAAAAUUCAAAAAAGGGGAAUUAAAAAAUAUUAUAUCUUGUAAAAUUAAAUAUGAAGAAGGCUUCGUUCAAUUAUUGGGUCAUAUUGUAACAAAACCUGAAUCUUUGUGGACAGAAGCAGACAGAGUAUUAGUUAAUCCAACAGACUAUAGCUUAUGCAUUGGAUUCUCUUUACAAAUUGGAACUUUAUUUUUAUUACAAUGCUUUUGGAAAUAUCUUGCUAAAUUUGUAGCAAGAGCAAAAUUUAUGAGUAGUAGAGAAUUCAAGUUUUAUGUCAUAAUAGAUAUUUAUAAUUUUACUUUUAAAGAAAUCAUGCCUCAAUUAGUGUAUGAAAUGUUGGUCAUUUCACUCUUGGGUGGCGUUUCUCAUUUUAGAUUUAAAAAGUUACUAAGAAAUAGCAAAGAUCAAAAUGAUUUACAAUUUAUUACAACUAAAAUUCAAUACUUUCAAGAUCUGAACUUGAUUCUUUCUGUCACUUUAUUUAUCUUUUCUUGUUGCUUUAUCAUCAUUAGUGCAGACGGUUUAACAAAUAUGAAAACGAUGAAUCGAAACAAGUUCCUUUCAGAUUUAUUUAUUUGUAACAUUAACAGUUUAUGUAUUGUCAUUUGGAUUAUUGUCAUAUUAAUAUUUCAUCCAGCAAAGCAUAGUACGAGGAAAUGA